AACACCGAAAACACCCACCGGCCACCUGUCAAUUUUGGUUGCAAGCAACAACAAGAAAGUGAAGACGUCAGCAAAUAGGAAGUUCGAACAUUUUAUUGAGAUAAUUUAGAUUACAGAUUGCAGGUGCAGGUCACUUUUAUCUUUUCUUUUCCUAGAACAUCAGUGAUAUAAUUGCAACAUGCGCAACAAGGCCGGAAAAGUGAAAGAAACCUCCAAAGAGAAGAAACAGAGGAAAAAGGAUUUUCAAGAAACCCAAAAACAAGUAAAAACCAUUGUAUUACCAGGACUGAUAGUUAUUGCUAUAUUCAUUAUCAUUUAUGUUUAUAUGAAAACAAGACCAAAAAAUGGUUACAUUGAUUGAUACAGAAAAUCAAUAAAACAUGUAAAUAUUACGUUAAUUUUUAAAUAUAUUAAAGUUUAUAACAUAAA